AAAAUUACUCAAAACUAAUAUAAAUGACUUAGUAAAUAAAUAAAAAGAAUAUAAAUAUCAUUACUCUACACUGAUAAUUUAGUUAUCUCAUUUCACAACACAAAACAACAGUGUAAUCAGUUACAUUGAUAAGUAUAUUUUUAUCAUAUUGAACUGCAAAUGAUACUUAAAAGUAAAGGUAUUUUUGUUAUUGGCGCGAAAAGGACGCCAUUUUGUAAAUAUGGUGGUUCACUACGGGAGUUGCCAGCAUCGCAUGCAUUUGCCGCGGCUGCAAAAGAUGCCAUACACUCAUCAAGAGUCGAUCCAAACUUAAUCGAUUGCACGAUCGUUGGAAAUAUUAAUUUUCUCAGCCAAUGUGAUGGAGGAAAAACACCUAGAUAUUGCGGCAUCUACUCUGGUGUUCCCAUUGAGAAACCUGCACUUGGUGUGAACAGAACGUGUGCAACGGGCAUUCAAGCUGUGAUAAGUGGUGGAAUGGAAAUAUUAACAAAUUCAGCAAAUCUGUGUCUCACGGGUGGCACAGAUAUAAUGUCAUCUCUGCCGAUGUUAGUACGAAAUGUUAGAUUCGGAACAAGUCUUGGUUCACCGUAUCUAAUGGAGGAUCACAUCAAAACUGCGUUUCUUGAUACAUACACAGGCAUAACACUACAAAAAACAGCGGAAAAUAUAGCGAAACGCUAUAGUAUAAGUAGAAAAGACGUUGAUGAGUUUACUAUAAAAAGCCAUUUAAAGUGGAAAAAGGCUGAGGAAUCAAAUACAUUCGAAGACGAGAUAACAAAGCUAAAAACUGAGAUAAAUAACAAGGAACAUUACGUCUUUAAAGACGAAGUAACAAACCCAGAAAUUAAACUUGAGGACUUGACCGCAUCACCCUCUGUCAGUGAAGAUUCUAUUGUCACUUUUAACAAUUCUGCGGCCCCAGCAGACGGUGCAGCCGCUAUAUUGCUUGCUAGUGAAGAAUUUGUUAAAAUGCAUAAUUUAAUUCCUAUGGCGCGGGUAACUGGCUGGUCGUGUGUUGGAAGUGAUCCGUACGAAGGCCUUGGAGCAGUUGCGGCAAUUAAAAAGUUAACAAAAACAGUAAAUUUGAGGAUACAUGAUAUUGAUUUAUUUGAGAUAAAUGAAACAUUUGCAUCACAAUCCCUUGCUGUCAUAAAGGAACUCGAUUUAGAUGAGACAAAAGUAAACGUAAAUGGUGGUGCGCUUGCUAUGGGACACCCUGUAUCAGCUACUGGAGCAAGAAUGAUCGCUCAUAUUGUACAUCAAUUGAGAUUACACAAGUUACGGACAGCUAUAGCCGCUUCAUCAUGUGGUGGAGGACAAGGUGUUGCAGUAAUGUUAGAAACAAUUUAAAUAAAAAAUGAAAAAAUAGCCAAAAGGCCUUCUAGCAGUGUGUGUUAAUGGGCUGCUGUAUCACUUAAAAUCAGGUGAUCGUCCCGCCUAUACACAACAACAUCUGUUCUAUAAAAAAAUGCAAAUGUAAAUGAUACAGUAUACAAGAUAAGAAUCAUCUUUAUUUAUUUAAUAUAAUAAGCUAAGACACAUUUUAAAUAUAAAUGUAAAAACUUAACAUAACUAAGAAUUAAAUAAUUUUUAUUCAAUGUUGUUUCUUUAAGACUAACCUUUGAAAAGAAACUUGAUACUGGUAUUUCACACUAAGUCUCAAGUCAGAAAA